AUGACUCCUUACAAUAUUUUUUUGCUUAUCGCUAAAUCGGGGAAAUCGACAUGCACAAAACCGAAAAUCGAAUUAAAUCUUCCUUCUGUUGAUGAAGCCAAGCAUAUUGUUUCGAGCAAACCAUCAUCUGAUAUUAUCAAGAAAACUCCUUCGAGCGAAAAUGCAGUAUUAAUCGAUGGAAUGAUCGCGGAUGUCGAAAUUUCGUCAGGUGAGUUUUAA